CUGUGACGUGAUUCCGGUUCCAGUGUACAACCUGGCCCUGCCGUCGGAACAGUCCAGUACCAGUCCUUUUCACGUAGCACGUUCUGCUUCUUUCGCAAGUCGGGUUUCUUCGCAAGACGAAAACAGCUGCCGAGGAACUGCAAAUCGGCAAAUACAGAAAAUGACGGAGAUCUGCAACGCGCGCGUGGACAACGAUACCUCGCUGAUAACGCCACUGAGCGUCAACAACGCGAGAAGUAGUGGCAGAAGAGUGUCUAGGAGCCUCAACAUCAACCUCCCGGGAGGUGGGUCUCUGCUUGCGUCAGGUCGUGAUGGAGAGACGGCUGCAGCAGGUCGUGGUGACUCAGAUUCCUCCGACGGUUCGCCGCCAAUCAAGAUUCCGGACAUAGAUUUAUUCGAUGACCACUACGAAGAUAAGGACCGUGACGGA